AUGGCACGACCCUCCUCAACAGCGGCGACGAUUGAUGAGAAAUUGUCGUCAGCCAACACCAUCUCAGACGCAGAUUUUGCGACAGCAGUUCCUGAACCCAUGGCAAUACCAAUUUCGGCUUUUUUCAAAGCUGGAGCGUCGUUUACACCAUCACCAAAGGCUCCACACGGGAGAACAAUCUCGCCCUGGAGCAAGCUUCCCUCUGUUGAGCAAUGGGCAAGUCAUCGAAUUCACGACCAGAUAAAGACUCCAAUACGUCUGCAGAUGGCUUCAGCGGUGGCUUUGUUGUCACCAGUGAUGACAAUGACACGGAUUCCAGCGGCCCGGCAACGGACAAUUGAGUCGAAAACUUCCUUACGUGGCGGGUCCAACAUACCGACGACUCCGAUGAAGGUGAGGUCCUUUUCGUACAUGAAGAACUUGUUCGAGUCUCCGAGGUCCAUCUCGUCGGGCUUCAUUGGGUGGUCAGCGGUGGCAAGAGCCAGACAACGGAGAGUGUCGCGGCCAGUACCGUAUUGA